AUGGUGGUACCAGUAGUAAAUAGUGCCUCAGCGCCUCAACAAAUCACCGGCAACAAUUUGCAAUUGACUUACCAAAAAAAUACUACAACUACAACAAUAAUCGGCAACAACAAUUCGAUUACAAUAGUGCAAAAUUUGGGAUUGUUACAAUUAAUCGGCAAUAAUAAUUCAAUCACAAUAGUGUCCAAUUGUUCCAGAGUCAAACUAGUUGGAAAUAAUUGUUCAGUUAACAUAACAAAGUGUCAAGGUAUUGUUGAGUAUAUUGGCAACAAUGGGACUGUUGUCAUUAAGGGAGAAAUAAGAGCAGACAGUGUUAGUUAUACUGGCAAUAAUGGUACUUUGAUUGGCAAUAGGAAGAAAUCCAGAUGUCAAGUCAACGAAGCAGUUUUGGUGAAAAAUAAUCGCCAAAUGAAGAAGAUUCCUUUGAAAUUUGACAUCGAUUUGAAUGGUUUGUUUCCUGUGGCUUUAGUUACAAAUUAA